ACUUCUCCGCGCGAGCUUGAUCGAAAUCCUGUGGGUUUAGCUCUUAGGAGUCUGAAAUAGGCAUGGAAUGCCCAAAGAUGGUAAAGUCGCAUUGUAGAUGUAUCGAUACCAACAAGCUCUUUUGUCCUCAUACAGAUGAGAUCUAAUUUGACAAAAUGAAACUGCAACCUUGAUGCAGGUGGUAGAUACUGGCCUUGCUGCACAGGUCCAGGUAGGACUAGGCAGCCUAAUUUUCACCAAAAAGAAAGUGGCUGAUGAGUCAUGGACUUCCAUGAGGAGCUUGGUCAGAAGGCUGUACAAAUAUUAUGGUCAAAUUCGAGGUGUUUCUAGCUGUUGAUAACCACUUUUAACCUUUAUCCAUUAAUGGGUAAAAGCCACAUCGGAGAUUUUUUGAAUACUGUCUACCAACAUCCAAAGCUAGUUCGCAACUCUACAUCGUACCACCAAGUAAAUUUAAGCUCGCUUUUAAUAUCUUGACUUCCAGCACAAUCAUGCCUCCAAAGAAAGUGGUCUCUAAACCCGACAACAACACGCUUGUGAGGACCGCAGUUGCCAAUCAAAUCAAUCUCGCUGAGGAGUUUAAGCAAAUAUGGAAUAAACUUGAUCAUGAUCGCUUCAUUGAAGAUAUGGGCGUUGGCAACAGAAAUGCAGCUUUUAAGAGGUUUAAGAGAUGGGCAGCCGGAAUCGUCAAGUCAAGUGUUAAAUCGCACGAAGAUGAUACAGAUGCUACCGAUACUGAGCACAAAACCGAACCGACUGGGAAGGCUGUGAAGAAGGUCUCCGGACCACCAACGAAGAGAGAGAUCAGAAGAGAAGAAAGCGUCCCCGAAUCAACAAAGAAAGUUGCAGGAAAGAAAAAAGCUAUUGGCAAGAGAAAGAAGAUAGAUGAUGAAGGCUUUACUGACGAAUGUACAGGAAAAGCAACAGUCUCCGCUGACAUGGGCAACGACUCUUUCUAAGGAAUCCGAGGAAGGUUAUUGAGGUCGAGAAGCAGUGGAGCAUGGGCGAUGAAACGUAAAUGGACGAGUUGGCAUUGUAAGAAAUUAUUGGCGUUUCAAUCCAUAGUCAUGUUGUGAAUGCGGAAAGGAAGGCGCAGGAUGAUUGGGAAAAGUUGAUGUAUGUUGCGCUUGGGUGAAAUGGAUUUAGGAAAUGGCAUUGAGUUUGCACCUGGAUCUCGGUGUGAGUGAUGGGAUCAGUCUGACAUCAAAUGAGAUGUUUCACACAAUUCUGUGCUAGUACUACGUCCCAGAGGCUGAAUUGCAUCGUGUAAUAGGAGGUUGAUGACCUACCACUGCCAUCAAUGUCAUGGACUUGAGGCGAAAUAAUUUCCUGAUAUUAAAGGCAAUACUUCAUUGUGGACUCAAAGAAUGUAUUGAGGAUCAGCUCGCGUUUGCGGUUAUACAGAAUAUCCCAUGCUCUCUUCAAUCAAGGUGAUAAACAGAUAACUAUCAGUUUCAACAAAGAC